AUGAUCAUAAUCAACAAUCCGCAAAAUCCGACAGGCGCAAUCAUUUCCAAGAGUACUCUCCAACAAAUUCUACAAGUUGCGAGUGAGCAUUCAAUCAUCGUCUUCAGUGACGAAGUCUAUCGUCCUCUUUUCCACUCGAUCUCGCCCACGGAUCCAGAAUACCCACCGUCGAUUCUAUCAAUGGGUUAUGAGAACACAAUUGCCACCAGCUCUCUGUCUAAGGCAUAUUCAUUGGCAGGGCUAAGAGUCGGAUGGAUUGCUUCUCACAACUCCAAUGUGAUUGAUCUUUGUGUUAAUGCAAGAUCUUACGCCCUUAUCACGGCCAGUCAAAUUGAUGAGCAUCUUGCGUCUUUUGUACUGAGCCCUGAUUUGUCUCAGGGGUUGAUCCAAAGAAAUAGGACACUGGCACAGCAAAAUUUGGAGUUGGUCCAGGCAUUUAUCGAUAAAAACAGCUCAGUUUGCAAGUGGUCCAGGCCUGUAGGAGGACCGAUUGGUUUUAUCAGAUUUGUCAAGUCUGGCAAGCCCGUCGAUGACAUGGAGCUCUGCACUCAGCUUUUACAGAAAAGGGGCCUUCUCCUCGUUCCCGGCCGGAAAUGUUUUGGGGAUGGUGUUAAUUUCUCCGGUUAUGUGCGCUUGGGAUUUGGGGGUGACACAAAGGAGCUGAAAGCUGGUUUAGAAGCCUUGGACAACUUCCUUGAGACUGAUUAUGUAGAGGUACCCUUGUCCGUCGAGGCAUAG